GUUUUUCUGUCGCAAUAUGCUCAUCAGUCAUACCUGGGGAAUGCAAAUAGGAUGAAUGACCGAUGGGAUGCGCCAGUUUAUUGACAAUUUGACAGCAGCGGCUGCUGGAUCAACGCGCAAGCACUUGACAACCACGGACGCAUUUCCUACGUCAUGCCAGCCAAUCGAAACGACAACCAGGACGGCCAUGGAAGUCUCAAUCGUAGCCACAGCCGCAGCAAAGAGCAGAAAAAACAUCAUCACUUCGGCAGCACUUCUCAGCACCAGGCCAAUUACACUCUUCGCCCAGCUACUGCUCCUGCGAACCAUCAUGCGCCUCGUCCCACAAGAUCAAGGUCGCGUCUGCAGAAACGAGCCUCUUCCCACGCUUUGACCACUUCUACCAACGGUCCAACGGUCAUGGCCCCAUCUGUUACUGUUCCCCCAUCCCAGAAUCGCAUGUCAGUUGAUCGUCAGAGUCUCACAGCCUUGCCCCAAUUGCCCGAGGCUAUCCCUCAUCGCUCGUCAUCCCUUCGCCAGAAGACUCGUCCUCGAACCACCGAGACUGCGAAAGCCAAACCCAAGCAAUCUUCCGAGCACCUCAAGUCCCCAGCGCCACGGCCCAGCACCUUUCCAUCCGAACACAAAUCCUCAUACGACCAGAAACCUUCCUCCUCUCUUCCUCCACAGGACCACUCCAGCACGCAUCCGCCCCGAACUCCUCGUCACGUCCCCCUGGCGCCCUACGAUCCGUCACCUCUCAAUCCCUUAUACCAUAUACCCUCCCCAGACAUGACCAGUUCGUCGUUCACAUCUAUGUCUUCAGCGUCCGCAUCGUCGCCUCCUCGACAGACAAUUACCAAUAACACCACCCAUGCAAGCGAACACGCAAUCCUCCCGCCAGGCUUCCGACCCGGUACCAGCACGACCACCGACGUAGAAACCACAUGGCAUCCCGCCGUGACUCGCGAAGUCGUCAAAGAGCACACCAUCGAGGUCAUCCAGGAGGCAGUCACUCGCGAGAUCCACGUCCACCACUACUACACACACGUCCAGCCCAUCAAGGCUGUUGAGAUCCUGCCAGCGCGGCACUUCAUCAUGGAUCCCACCACUGGUCAGAAGGUCGAGAUUCCCGCUCCAGAGGGAUGGGAGAUGCCGGCAGACUUGCGACCCAGAAAACCUGACACCAGUGUCCUCGAGCCAAUGUCGAGACACUAUCUCGUGGAUGAGGAGCAUCCGAAAGGCGUACCGGAGCUGCCGCCGCAGGACUUCAAGAGGCGGAGUCAGCAGGAACUCAACAAGGUCGCGAAAGCAACCCAUACAGCGAAGUGGUCGCCAUUUCCGAGAGUUGAUUGACCCAGGCCCAUAUUAUAUCAGCCGCCGCAAAAUAUGACCAACCGGGACAGACGGUUAGCGAGCCAUUCACGUACGACUGCCCUCACGGUCGAGAUGUGAAAUGUGCGCAACAUCAAUUGGUUCAAGGAUAUGCCCCGGCAAUCGAAUCUUCAGCCGAACUGCAUCAUGAUGACACUCCCAACAUUGCAGUCUGUCACCUCGGUCACCGGUGCUGGACCCAAGCAGCUUACCUCCUCCUGGCGGGCGAAAGAGCCAUGCUGCAGGUUAACAGUACGAGCAUUGUGCCUCAGGAAUCCAUCGAUCUAUCUACCCGCCACCACCAACGCUUGCCUGAGCGACGUGUUGGCCAGUUGGAGAACAUGACAAGACAAUUAACUUGAGCAAAUCUAAGAGUUGGAAAGUCUAAGUUUUUGUGCAUAAAUCGUACAUGGGUACAAUGUUUGUGGUCGUUAGCCGACGCAAUGAAGCGAUACAAGACACCACUACGCCAUUGAAGACCGGAAUAAGCAUCUGUAUUUUUAUUGCGGCGGCUUCUCCUUCUUUUCUGAAGCGAUUCUUCAGUCCACUUUGACUUUGCCUCGCAUACGAAAAGCGUUGAUAGCGUUCAUCUUCGCUGAAAUUUCCAUACUCUGGAAUUUGUUCUUGCGGAUUGCAUGCAACAUCAUCACGGUUCACUUAGCGUUCCCUAGUACACCUGCAGAGAUAACCAGCUGUUGAGCAUUGAGUUGCAUUCAAAAUUGUAUAUAGCCAUAGCCGUUGUAGCAGUACAAUUACAAUAAUAAAAUCCACAAAGGUC